AUGUUACUACUUUGACAUUUGUUUUUAAAAAGCUGUCGAUAUUCAACCAGCAUGCCUUGGACUUUAUUGUGGAAAGACCCUAAUAUUUAAAAAUGCCUCAACUGAACUCUAUGGAGAAUGUGGGGUGUGUCCAAGAGGACAGAGAACAAAUGCACAGAAAUACUGUCAGCCGUGCACAGGUUCUCCAGAACUUUACGAUUGGCUGUAUCUUGGAUUUAUGGCUAUGCUUCCUCUUGUUUUGCACUGGUUCUUCAUAGAAUGGUACUCAGGGAAAAAGAGUUCCAGUGCACUUUUCCAGCAUAUCACUGCGUUGUUUGAAUGCAGCAUGGCAGCUAUUAUCACCUUACUUGUGAGUGAUCCAGUUGGUGUUCUUCAUAUCCGUUCAUGUCGAGUACUGAUGCUGUCUGAUUGGUACACAAUGCUUUACAACCCAAGUCCAGAUUAUAUUACCACUGUCCACUGUACUCAUGAAGCUGUCUACCCACUAUACACCAUUGUGUUUAUCUAUUAUGCAUUUUGCUUGGUGUUAAUGAUGCUGCUCAGACCUCUGCUGGUAAAGAAGAUUGCUUGUGGAUUAGGGAAUUCUGAUCGAUUUAAAAGUAUUUAUGCUGCACUUUACUUCUUCCCAAUUCUAACUGUGCUUCAAGCUGUUGGUGGAGGCCUUUUGUAUUAUGCCUUUCCAUACAUUAUAUUAGUGUUGUCCCUGGUUACUCUGGCUGUUUAUAUGUCAGCUUCUGAAAUAGAGAAUUGCUAUGACCUUUUGGUCAGAAAGAAAAGACUUAUUGUUCUCUUCAGCCACUGGUUACUUCAUGCCUAUGGGAUCAUCUCCAUUUCCAGAGUGGAUAAACUACAGCAAGACUUACCCCUCUUGGCUUUGGUACCUACACCAGCCCUCUUUUACUUGUUCACUGCAAAAUUUACAGAACCGUCACGGAUACUCUCAGAAGGAGCCAAUGGACACUGAAUGUAAAAUGCCAAAUAUCCAAGAUGGAUCUUAGUGAAAAAUGUAAAGAAAU